AUGAAUCCCUACUAUGCCGUACAGAGUCGGCCAGUGGUCAGACCUUUGAGCUCCGGAGGGCUAAGCGUGGCUUUGGCUGUAUUGGCCCGAUUGGCUCCGACCGAUAUGAGUGCGAUCGCCACUGCAAAGACAACAGAUUUCGAGGUGGUUAUUGUGAUUCUGCUGGUUUCCGUUGCAAAUGCUAUGGUUAAGUACCACAUAACUACUACCUGGAUGCAAAUUUAGUUUUAUUAAAAAUAUUUGCUGAAAACAAUUUAUAAAUUUUUUAUGUUUCAAAAUUAUUAAUCAUACAAUAUAAUAAUUAUAAUAGCAUCCAG